UAAAAUGGAAUAACAAAAAAUAUUUUUUUGCGUGUGCUAUACUAUAGUCCAAUGAGAUUUUGGAUUGGAGAAUAAAGAUCCGAGACCGCGCGAAACGCGUCAAUUUUUACUUCAAAACAAACGCAGUGUUUGAAUUGUAACAAACAAACACAAAAUAAGUGCUUAUUCUCAUUCUUCCCCCUUUUCCUAUAUAAAUAACCCCGCAGCCAAACAAUCCUCAACCCUUCUCUUCUAAUCUAAUAUAAUCUUAAAACCCUAUCAAUUUUCACCCAUUCCUUCACCACCACAUCUUUAAACCUUAUACCCUAAACUUAUCUUCUCAGAUUUUUCUCUUCAUAAUUUUUUAGCAUCCCAAUUCAAUUAAUUAAUAAUAAAUAGCUUAUAACUUUCAAUUAAUUUUUCAUUCCCUUCAAUACACUCUUGCCUCCACCGCCGCCGCAACCACCACCACCGUCAAACCCAAAAUGGCCAUUCCUUGCCCCCAUUUCAUCUCCUCCGCAAAAGCCGCCAUGGAAGCCGGUCUCCUCAUACCUUCCUCACCUUCUUCAUCCGUUUCCGUUAUCCUCACCCAAGACGAUUUGAAGAAAAUCGCCGCAUACAAAGCGGUUGAAUACGUUGAAUCCGGCAUGGUUCUCGGACUCGGAACCGGUUCAACGGCAAAACACGCCGUGGACCGAAUCGGGGAGCUUCUCCGUCAAGGAAAGCUGAAAAACAUCAUUGGUAUACCCACUUCAACGAAAACCCAUGAACAAGCUGUUUCGUUAGGGAUCCCUCUUUCGGAUCUAGAUUCUCACCCUGUUGUUGAUCUUGCAAUUGAUGGUGCUGAUGAAGUUGAUCCUUAUCUGAAUUUGGUGAAAGGUCGUGGUGGGUCACUUUUGAGAGAGAAAAUGGUGGAAGGUGCAUGUAAGAAAUUUGUUUGUAUUGUUGAUGAGUCAAAAUUGGUUAACUAUUUAGGUGGUAGCGGUUUAGCUAUGCCUGUUGAAGUUAUUAGGUUUUGUUGGAAAUUUACUGCUGGUAGGCUUCAGAAUCUGUUUGAUGAAUCUGGUUGUGUUGCAAAGCUUAGAACUUUUGGUGAAAAGAAAGAACCUUAUGUUACUGAUAAUGGGAAUUAUAUUGUUGAUUUGUAUUUUGAAAAGAGUAUUGGUGAUUUGAAGGUUGCAAGUGAUGCAAUUCUCAAUAUUGCUGGUGUUGUUGAGCAUGGAAUGUUUUUGGAUAUGGCUACUACUGUUAUUGUUGCAGGUGAACUCGGGUUAACGGUGAAGAAUAAGUAGUCGAGAAUUCACAAUCAAAGUUUAGAAGAAUAAUUAUUUAGGUUUAAUUGCUGAAGGUUUUGAUGAUUUCAAAUGGGUUUCUAACAUUUUAUAUGAUGUAGUAUGAAACAUAUUUAUUCAAGUGAAUCGAUUAGAAAAGUUGGUUCUUGUUAUGUUUUUUGUUAGGGGUUCGGGGUACUUUCAUAUGAUCUUAUUGGAUUGUUGGAGAAAGUAUCUUGAAUAAUAGUUUAGUUUUGUAUUUUGACUUUAUUUCAGCAAGAAGAAAGAAAAUUGAGACUUGUUGUUAAGAUGAAUAUUAAGCUUAAACAAGGGAUUUUGUGCGUGGUGUACCGAAUUAGUCAUCCACACAAUUUCUUGUUGAAAUUAUGGUGUUUAUCAUAUUGAACUUAUCUAAUUCAUGUUUUGUUCGUUUUUUC